AUGUUUACCGGUUUGGUUGAAACGAUCGGGACCGUGUCGUCCCUGGAACCCCUCGAUACCUCGUCUAGUGGGGGUGGGGGCACCUCGUUGACCAUCUCCAACUGCGCGGAAAUCCUCACGGAUGUGCACCUGGGAGAUAGCAUUAGUGUAAAUGGAACCUGCCUCACGGUCACGACCUUCGACACCGACAAGACCUGGUUCAAGGUCGGCGUCGCACCCGAAACCCUCCGCCGCACGAAUCUCGGAUCCCUCCGGACGAACUCCCGCGUGAACCUCGAGCGCGCCGUGCUCGGCGAGACCCGCAUGGGCGGACAUUUCGUGCAGGGCCACGUCGACACCAUCGCCACAGUGCUCUCCGUGACGCCGGACGAGAAUGCACUGGUCUUCCGCUUGCAGCCGCGCGAGCUGCAGGUCAUGCGGUAUAUCGUCGAGAAGGGCUACGUGACACUCGACGGCGCCAGUCUGACCGUCACCAAGGUGGUGGAUGGCCCUGAGGGGUACUUCGAGGUGAUGCUGAUCGCCUAUACCCAGGAGAAGAUCGUCACCGCGGCUAAGAAGCCCGGGGAUGAUGUGAAUGUCGAGAUUGACAUUGUGGGCAAGUACGUGGAGAAGAGCGUCGAGGGGUACUUUGCCGGCACGGCCGGUGGAGAUAUGAGCAUCCUGGAAAAGAUGGUGUCUCGGAUUGUGGAUGAGAAGCUGAAGCGGUGA